CGAUAUCCGCCCGAUCGCCAAUUGUAGAAACGGACACAGGAGGCACUUCGGAAAUCAUUUAUGAAAAAUAUUUAGUGUUACACUAUCGUACCGUAGAUACAGCGGAGACAAUUACAUUCCUACGUCAGUAGGGUCUAAGUAACCGGAACGGACCCAGAUUUUAUACAGAAAAGGACUGUUAACUCGGCACUUCGAAAUUACCUCAGGAAAACAAAAACAUUUUUACAUUAAAACUGUCUGAAAUGACAGCUAAAAAAGCGACAGCUUUGCUCUUACUUAUCCCCACAGAAUUUACAGUGUGAAUGACGUCAUAAGCAAGAAGAGGAAUUGCAACAUAAACAAGAGCCGCAGACUUACAUAUUUGGAAAAUAAGCGUAUAAAAUUUCAAUAAUUUAAAAAUGAAAUGUUCAGUGAUGGGCUGUAGUAGUGAUUAUAUGAAAAAUCCAUUGAAAAAACCCUUCUAUGGCUUUCCAACCGACGCAGCUGUUGCUCAUAAAUGGGUUUUAUUUUGCCAGCAACCGAAAGAAUUUAACUAUCGGGGUUUUGCACUGCGACUGAAAAUAAAGCGCGAUGCGGUGCCCACUAUCCGGCGAAUAUCGACUGGACCAACAAUACGGGAGCUACGUAUUCAACGGAGGAACCAAAAACAAAUUGUCAAUGAUCUAUUACGAAAGUAUAACCAGGAACAGAAAGUGAAAAUAAAGUUAGCUGCUAGUGAGUUUGACGAAAUAUGCAGCUCUCAAUCUACCAAGGGCUCAGCGCCAGUCGUAAACAAUAUAAAUGGCAAAAAAGAUACCGGUGAGCAAAUAGAGUUAAUUGCUAAUGGAUUUGACGAAAUAAGCACUCAAGCCACUAAAGACUCAGCGCCAGUUACAAACAAGGAAGACCCCGUAGAGCAAAUAGAAAUAAAUGCUAAUGGAUAUGAUGAAAUAAGUAUUCAAGCCACCAAAGACUUAGGGCUAGUUACAGACAAUACUUCUUUACUUUACUUUACCGUAAGUAAUGACAAAGAAGACACAAUAUCUGAAGACUAUAUCCACAAUGAAGUUCAGUUUGAGGAAGUAAUGAUGGGGAACAAAAGGGACUAUCCUGUUAAUGUGUUUGAGGAAGUGGAUGAGCUACGGGAACAGAUCACACUUUUGCGAAAGGAUAAUAUUUGUCAGCGCCGAAUCAAUAAGGGACUGUGCAAGAAGCUUGAAAAGUGGAAAAGACUAAAUAUAGAGAAGGAUAUUCGUUAUGCAAACAGGAUUAGUAGAGUGAAUGUGCGAUUAAAAAAUAAAACUCAGGAAUGUAAAAAUCUAGAGGAAAAGCUAAACUCUAUUUUCACCAGUGGGCAAAUUAACAAAAUGAAAAACUUAAAACUUAAUUAUCAAUGGGAUGAAGAGGAUAUUGCCAAAUCCUUAAUCCUAUAUAGAUCAAGUGGCAAAACAUAUAAGUUGCUUUACGAUAAUGGUUUCCCUAUGCCAUCAGUGCGUACUUUACAGAGAUGGAUGUGGCGUCAUAAAAUCGACCCGAAAAAAGAUGAAAAUGACGCUGAAAACAUAACUGCAACAGAAAAAGUAAUUGAUAUGGUGGAAAGAGAGAAUAUAAUUGAUCCAUUAAAUUUAAUUGAAACAGAAAACUUAAUUGAAACAGAAAAUAUAAUAGAAACAGAAAACUUAAUUGAAACAGAACAUUUAAUUGAAACAGAAAAUAUAAUAGAAACAGAAAAUUUAAUUGAAACAGAGAACCUAAUUGAAACAGAAAACUUAAUUGAAACAGAAAACUUUAUUGAAACAGAAAAUAUAAUUGAAUCAGAGAGCGUAAUUGCACCAGAAAACAUAAUUGAUCCAGAAAAUGUAAUUUUGGAAACUCAUAUGAACGAUAUCGAUCAAACAUUCGCUGAAUAUGCAAUUACGAUAGAAAUAGUUUAAACAUAUUUUUUUAAAUAUAGUAUAUAUGCACCAGAAUGUUUUUAAGCUUCUUUGAAAAAAAAAAACUAUCUUAAUUUUACAAUUUCUAGCUAAAACAGUUUUUGUUAAUUUUUUCUUUUGCUCCGUCUCCUUUGCCCAUAAUGGAAAUUUUAAAUUAGUUAUGUUACGUUCAUUUUUAAGGAGGAGGUUUAAGGAGGACAACUUUUUAAUUUAUCCUUAAGUAUGUAUAUGAAUUAAUUAAAUUUUAAGUUUAUAGAGUAAAAGAAGGGCAUUUACUAAAUAUAAUAUAAUUUUUUGACAAUUUGAAGACAACAAAUAUAAUAUAAAAGUUGUUUUGUGUAGUACUUUGCAAUAGUUGACAAUAAGACCAUAAUAUUUUACACGAUAUAUCCAAAAAAAAAGUUUAAUGAAAUAAAUGCAUUUCCGGUGGCAAUAAGAAAUACUUGGAAUUUUUUCGCUUAUUGCGAAUGAUACAGUGCAAUUGACACAGUCGUCGCGCGCAAAAUUUUUCACAACACAUGCUUUCUAUCUCUUUUUAUACAAACAGCUG